AUGUCUUUGCACGACACGAUAAGUUUUAGGUUUUUCACUGAUCAGAGCAAUUCUUCGGCGUCCAUUAAAUUGGACGAGGCGUCCAUUGAAUUGGACGAGGCAUCCAUUAAAUUGGACGAAGCGUCCAUUGAAUUGGACGGGGCGUCCAUUAAAUUGGACGAGGCAUCCAUUAAAUUGGAAGAAGCGUCCAUUGAAUUGGACGAGGCGUCCAUUGAAUUGGACGAGGCGUCCAUUGAAUUGGACGAGGCGUCCAUUGAAUUGGACGGGGCGUCCUUUAAAUUGGACGAAGCAUCCAUUAAAUUGGAAGAAGCGUCCAUUGAAUUGGACGAGGUGUCCAUUGAAUUGGACGAGGCGUCCAUUGAAUUGGACAAGGCGUCCAUUGAAUUGGACGAGGCGUCCAUUGAAUUGGACGAAGUGUUCAUUGAAUUGCACAAGGCGUCCAUUAAAUUGGACGAGGUGUCCAUUAAAUUGGACGAGGUAUCCAUUAAGUUGGACGUAGCGCCCAUAGAAGCGUAUGUUUAA